AUGUCGGGUUCACGCAUCCCGCAUGAAGCUCCUCCAAGCUACACGGAAGCUACAGGCUCAUCAGCUCCUCCAACAUCAAACCCAACUUCCUCACAUCUAGAAGUCCCUGGCGCAUCGUCAUCCUCAAACUCCAGAAUCCCUGAUGAAUACCGCCGCUCUAUGGAAGAUGAGGGGCGCCCACUCCCAAAAGGCUGGGUCCGCACUUUCGAUCCCGACAGCACGCACCAGUUCUAUGUCGACACAACAAGAGACCCACCGCGCAGCAUCUGGAACCAUCCCUACGACGAUGAUGAAUACCUCUCGUCACUUCCAUCGGCCGAACGUGAACGUCUUGAGCAGGAAAACAUGACCUCGUACCUGGGUGGCGCAAAGCGUGACCCUUCACACGAAGACUACAUACAUGCACAUUCCGACGUUAGUGAUGACGACCAUCAACAUGCGCCAACUGGCUCUGCUGCAACAUCAAAUUCUGCUGGCACUGCUGAACUUCCGCCGCGACCAGAUGGAGGGAAGGAUAAAGGCAAAGGCAACGACAACCGCUCAUUCGGCCGCAAACUGAAAGACAAAGUCACCGGCACCACGCACGAAGAGCGACAGCGUACACGUGCGCAACGUGAGGCUGAGGAGCGGAAGAUGUAUGAGCGACACAUGCAGCUGCGCAAAGCGAUGGUAAAGGCGAUGCAGACGGGAGAGCCGCAGUUGAUUGGCAAGGAUAAAGACGGUAACGACUUGUACCUCACUCCGCCAAAGCAAAGCGGAUAUAGCUCUAUGGGUGGUAGAAACUAUUAUAAUCCGUAUGGUGGUGGCUUGUAUGCCGCCCCAGGGAUGUACGGCGGUGGUAUGGGAAUGGGUAUGCCACUUGCUGCUGGUCUGGGUGGUGGACUGCUUGCCGGUGGACUGUUGGGCGGUGCGUUGUUUUAA